AAUGGGGCCUUCUAAGAUCUAUUUCCAGAGUAUUGAUCAAAUUUGCAGAUUCAGGCAGGUAGCAGAGUUUGUCUCAGGGAAAAUCUACUGACCAGAUUCAGGCAGGUAGCAGAGUUUGUCUCAGGGAAAAUCUAAAGACCAGAUUCAGGCAGGUAGCAGAGUUUGUCUCAGGGAACAUCUAAUGACCAGAUUCAGGCAGGUAGCAGAGUUUGUCUCAGGGAAGAUCUAAAGACCAGAUUCAGGCAGGUAGCAGAGUUUGUAUCAGGGAAAAUCUAAAGACCAGAUUCAGGCAGGUAGCAGAGUUGACUGAGGUAAAACCUAGAGAGACCAGAUUCAGGCAGGUAGCAGAGUUUGACUGAGGUAAAACCUAGAGAGACCACUGCUCUCAGAGAUUAAUGUCAGAUUGAGUGAACAACCUCCGCAAUGUUUCAUGUUUACUCUGCUGAGUCUCCCGGUCGCGGCCGGCUGCGACAGAGCCUUAGACCACUGCGCCACUCUGCUGAGUCUCCCGGUCGCGGCCGGCUGCGACAGAGCCUUAGACCACUGUGCCACUCUGCUGAGUCUCCCGGUCGCGGCCGGCUGCGACAGAGCCUUAGACCACUGCGCCACUCUGCUGAGUCUCCCGGUCAGAGCCUUAGACCACUGCGCCACUCUGCUGAGUCUCCCGGUCAGAGCCUUAGACCACUGCGCCACUCUGCUGAGUCUUUGCAUUCUAAGUAGUAGAGGGGAUAGUACACAGAUACAGUCCCGUCUACGUUACAGAACAGUCCCGUCUACGUUACAGAACAGUCCCGUCUACGUUACAGAACAGUCCCGUCUACGUUACAGAACAGUCCCGUCUACGUUACAGAACAGUCCCGUCUACGUUACAGAACAGUCCCGUCUACGUUACAGAACCAGUAAAUACAUCCAGUAACAGUCCUGUCUAUGUGACAGAACCAGUAAAUACAUCCAGUAACAGUCCUGUCUAUGUGACAGAACCAGUAAAUACAUCCAGUAACAGUCCUGUCUACGUUACAGGACCAGUAAAUACAUCCAGUAACAGUCCUGUCUAUGUGACAGAACCAGUAAAUACAUCCAGUAACAGUCCUGUCUACGUUACAGAACCAGUAAAUACAUCCAGUAACAGUCCUGUCUAUGUGACAGGACCAGUAAAUACAUCCAGUAACAGUCCUGUCUACAUGACAGGACCAGUAAAUACAUCCAGUAACAGUCCUGUCUAUGUGACAGAGAUAUGAAUCACAUCACAGUGGAAGAGUCAUUCAACCUGCUGCCUCAGAGGAGUGAUGUCAUUAGGAUGUCUGUUCCCGUUGUCAAAGCUAGGGUUAGAAUGUAGUCUGGACUAGCAGUCUAAUGUGUACCUCUCUGUGUCUGUCCUCUUCAGGUCUUUUAAAUGGGGCGAGUCUGACCCCCUCCCAUACCCCGUCUACGGCCACGCUACUGUGUCUCACGACGGACUCAUCUUCGUGAUCGGAGGAAAGUCGGAUGGCAAGUGAGUUAUCAACGUGAUACUGCGUUCUCCUCCACACUGCUGAUGUACAGCUCAGUCACGUUGUCCAGCUCAGUCACGGUGUCCAGCUCAGUCACGGUGUCCAGCUCAGUCACGGUGUCCAGCUCAGUCACGGUGUCCAGCUCAGUCACGGUGUCCAGCUCAGUCACGGUGUCCAGCUCAGUCACGGUGUCCAGCUCAGUCACGGUGUACAGCUCAGUCACGGUGUCCAGCUCAGUCACGGUGUCCAGCUCAGUCACGGUGUCCAGCUCAGUCACGGUGUCCAGCUCAGUCACGGUGUCCAGCUCAGUCACGGUGUCCAGCUCAGUUAAGACGUUAAGGCACUCUUCAGUCCCUCCAGACAGUAUUACAUUUACAUUUACGUCAUUUAGCAGACGCUCUUAUUCAGAGCGACUUACAAAUAGGUGCAUUCACCUUAUAGCCAGUGGGAUAACCACUUUACAAUGUUUAUUUUUUUUUGGGGGGGGGGGGGGGGGGGGGGGGUUGGAGUAAAAGGGGGGGGGGGGGGGGGUAGAAGGAUUACUUUAUCCUAUCCCAGGUAUUCCUUAAAGAGGUGGGGUUUCAAAUGUCUCCGGAAGGUGGUGAGUGACUCCGCUGUCCUGGCGUCGUGAGGGAGCUUGUUCCACCAUUGGGGUGCCAGAGCAGCAAACAGUUUUGACUGGGCUGAGCGGGAACUAUGCUUCCGCAGAUGUAGGGGAGCCAGCAGGCCAGAGGUGGAUGAACGCAGUGCCCUCGUUUGGGUGUAGGGACUGAUCAGAGCCUGAAGGUACGGAGGUGCCGUUCCCCUCACAGCUCCGUAGGCAAGCACCAUGGUCUUGUAGCAGAUGCGAGCUUCAACUGGAAGCCAGUGGAGUGUGCGGAGGAGCGGGGUGACGUGAGAGAACUUGGGAAGGUUGAACACCAGACGGGCUGCGGCAUUCUGGAUGAGUUGUAGGGGUUUAAUGGCACAGGCAGGGAGCCCAGCCAACAGCGAGUUGCAGUAAUCCAGACGGGAGAUGACAAGUGCCUGGAUUAGGACCUGUGCCGCUUCAUGUGUAAGGCAGGGUCGUACUCUCCGAAUGUUGUAGAGCAUGAACCUACAGGAUCGGGUCACCGCCUUGAUGUUAGCGGAGAACGACAGGGUGUUGUCCAGGGUCACGCCAAGGCUCUUCGCACUCUGGGAGGAGGACACAACGGAGAUGUCAACCGUGAUGGCGAGAUCAUGGAACGGGCAGUCCUUCCCCGACAGUAUGGUCACUAACAACAACAACUACUACUGCUGCUACUACUAGGAUGUGUGUCUGUCCUGGAGGAAGGUGAAGAGGAGGAUGUGUCUGUCCUGGAGGAAGGUGAUGAGGAGGAUGUGUCUGUCCUGUAGGAAGGUGAUGAGGAGGAUGUGUCUGUUCUGGAGGAAGGUGAAGAGGAGGAUGUGUCUGUCCUGGAGGAAGGUGAUGAGGAGGAUGUGUCUGUUCUGUAGGAAGGUGAUGAGGAGGAUGUGUCUGUCCUGGAGGAAGGUGAUGACGAGGAUGUGUCUGUCCUGUAGGAAGGUGAUGAGGAGGAUGUGUCUGUCCUGUAGGAAGGUGAAGAGGAGGAUGUGUCUGUUCUGUAGGAAGGUGAUGACGAGGAUGUGUCUGUUCUGUAGGAAGGUGAUGAGGAAGGAUGUGUCUGUCCUGUAGGAAGGUGAUGACGAGGAUGUGUCUGUCCUGUAGGAAGGUGAUGACGAGGAUGUGUCUGUCCUGUAGGAAGGUGAUGAGGAGGAUGUGUCUGUUCUGUAGGAAGGUGAUGACGAGGAUGUGUCUGUUCUGUAGGAAGGUGAUGAGGAAGGAUGUGUCUGUCCUGUAGGAAGGUGAUGACGAGGAUGUGUCUGUCCUGUAGGAAGGUGAUGACGAGGAUGUGUCUGUUCUGUAGGAAGGUGAUGAGGAGGAUGUGUCUGUUCUGUAGGAAGGUGAUGACGAGGAUGUGUCUGUUCUGUAGGAAGGUGAUGAGGAAGGAUGUGUCUGUCCUGUAGGAAGGUGAUGACGAGGAUGUGUCUGUCCUGUAGGAAGGUGAUGACGAGGAUGUGUCUGUUCUGUAGGAAGGUGAUGAGGAGGAUGUGUCUGUUCUGUAGGAAGGUGAUGAGGAGGAUGUGUCUGUUCUGUAGGAAGGUGAUGAGGAGGAUGUGUCUGUCCUGUAGGAAGGUGAUGAGGAGGAUGUGUCUGUUCUGUAGGAAGGUGAUGAGGAGGAUGUGUCUGUCCUGUAGGAAGGUGAUGAGGAGGAUGUGUCUGUCCUGUAGGAAGGUGAUGAGGAGGAUGUGUCUGUUCUGUAGGAAGGUGAUGAGGAGGAUGUGUCUGUCCUGUAGGAAGGUGAUGAGGAGGAUGUGUGCGUACGAUGCACAGCGGUUUGAGUGGAAGGAGCUGGCUCCGAUGCAGCUGGCCCGCUCUCUGUUCGGAGCCACCAUCCAUAAAGACAAGAUCUACGUAGCAGCAGGCGUUACAGACACCGGCCUGACGGACACCGUGGAGGUCUACGACAUCAAAACAAACAGGUCAGUAGCAUACCUGCAGCCUCAGUGUGUGUGUCAGACUUCAUGGAGGUCUACCACAGUAAUACCAACAAGUCAGAUUUCACAUUGCUGAAAGUGCUAUGAAGUCUGAGUUAACUGUCCUGCCAACAUAUUCUCUCUGGGAGCUGAUGAUGAUUCGAUAACAAUGAACAGUGAUUGAUUUACCUCUACUCAUAUGGCUGUUAAACCCCUAAUCUGUAUCGCCAGGUGGUCAGACUUUGUGGAGUUCCCUCAGGGUCGUAGCUCUCUCAGUCUGGCAUCGGUGGCCGGGGGUCUCUACGCUGUCGGAGGCUUCGCCAUGAUGCCCAGCGAGGACAAGGAGGAACUCCUCCCCAAGGAGAUGAACGACAUCUGGAGGUGAGGAACACACAGACGCCUGGCAGGGAGGAUCAGGGCUCUGGUUAAAGUGCUGAUAGCAACACUGACACACUGGGCCACAAAUGCUCCAAAUCAUUUCACUACAAGACCUAUGGUCACUACAGACUCCUGUUCUGUCCUCAUCUGUCCUCAUACCUGACGUCCUGUUCUGUCCUCUUACCUAACAACCUGUUCUGUUCUCUUACCUAACAUCCUGUUCUGUUCUCUUACCUAACAUCCUGUUCUGUUCUCUUACCUAACAUCCUGUUCUGUCCUCUUACCUAACAUCCUGUUCUGUUCUCUUACCUGACGGCCUGUUCUGUCCUCUUACCUGACGGCCUGUUCUGUUCUCUUACCUAACAUCCUGUUCUGUCCUCUUACCUAACAUCCUGUUCUGUCCUCUUACCUAACAUCCUGUUCUGUCCUCUUACCUAACAUCCUGUUCUGUUCUCUUACCUAACAUCCUGUUCUGUUCUCUUACCUGACGGCCUGUUCUGUCCUCUUACCUAACAUCCUGUUCUGUCCUCUUACCUAACAUCCUGUUCUGUCCUCUUACCUAACAUCCUGUUCUGUCCUCUUACCUAACAUCCUGUUCUGUUCUCUUACCUAACAUCCUGUUCUGUCCUCUUACCUAACAUCCUGUUCUGUCCUCUUACCUAACAUCCUGUUCUGUCCUCUUACCUGAUGUCCUGUCCUUUCCUCCUACAGGUAUGACGAGGGGGAAAGGAAGUGGGUGGGCGUUCUGCGGGAGAUCCAAUAUGCCUCUGGGGCCACCAUCCUGGGGGCGCGACUCAACACGCUCCGACUCACCAAGAUGUAACACUCAACACACUCAGACUCACCAAGAUGUAACACUCAACACGCUCCGACGCACCAAGAUGUAACACUCAACACUCUCCGACUCACCAAGAUGUAACACUCAACACUCUCCGACUCACCAAGAUGUAACACUCAACACGCUCCGACGCACCAAGAUGUAACACUCAACACGCUCCGACUCACCAAGAUGUAACACUCAACAUGCUCCGACUCACCAAGAUGUAACACUCAACACGCUCCGACUCACCAAGAUGUAACACUCAACACUCUCCGACUCACCAAGAUGUAACACUCCUCAACACUCUCCGACUCACCAAGAUGUAACACUCAACACGCUCCGACUCACCAAGAUGUAACACUCAACAUGCUCCGACUCACCAAGAUGUAACACUCAACACGCUCCGACUCACCAAGAUGUAACACUCAACACUCUCCGACUCACCAAGAUGUAACACUCAACACUCUCCGACUCACCAAGAUGUCACACUCCUCAACACUCUCCGACUCACCAAGAUGUAACACUCAACACGCUCCGACUCACCAAGAUGUAACACUCAACAUGCUCCGACUCACCUAGAUGUAACACUCAACACGCUCCGACUCACCAAGAUGUAACACUCAACACUCUCCGACUCACCAAUAUGUAACACUCAACACUCUCCGACUCACCAAGAUGUAACACUCCUCAACACUCUCCGACUCACCAAGAUGUAACACUCAACACUCUCCGACUCACCAAUAUGUAACACUCAACACUCUCCGACUCACCAAGAUGUAACACUCAACACACUCCGACUCACCAAGAUGUAACACUCAACAUGCUCCGACGCACCAAGAUGUAACACUCCUCAACACCAUGAGACUCACCAAGUUUUAAAGAUGUUACACUCCUCACAGUGCCACCUGUUCCAACCCAUGACAUCUGUGUUUGACCUGGAGGGAGUUAGUGGGAGGUCACAUGGAAAAGCAUCUCUGGGGCCUCCCGAGUGGCGCAGCGGUCUAA